UUUGGCAAUAUUGUUUGUAUGGCCAAAUGGAGGUUGAAUCGACUACAAAGUGAGAUUUGCCGGGAUAAUUUAGCGUUUACAAACUUGUUUUUAUUACAAUAGAUUUUUAAAUAAAUUUCAUUUACUUAAUUUGUAAUUUUCUUUAAUUACUACACGUAAUUAUUACAUUAUAUAUGUGUUUUUGAGUUUCGAAAUACCUUCAGCAGAUUUUCAGUGUGUUAAAACAAAAAAUUGGGCACGUGGAAGUGGUUAUUACUUUUAUUUGUUUCAGAUUGGGUAAUUAUUCCUGGGCAUUUCAUUAAGAUUAAAGUUCUUGUUGGUUUUCUGGCAAGCAUCAACUUUAGUCGUCAAUGCAUCAAAAAAAUGUUUGAAUAAUCAAUUCUUCAUUAAUUUUAUAACUAAAGCGAACAAGUAUAUAAAAUGGGAUAAUGCUAAUUGCUGAAGGAAUAAUUUUUUUUAUAUAAAAACUGAUUGUAAUACGUAUAGAUAGAGCAUGUCAUCUAAUUUUAUAUGUUUUAAAUGUAAAAGUGCUGGCCAUUUUGCUAGGGAAUGCAGUAGUGGCGGUGGUGGCGGCGGCGGUGGAAGAGAUAAUCGUAGAGGUGGUGGUGGUGGAGGCGGCAAUCGGGAAAAGUGUUACAAAUGCAACCAAUUUGGUCACUUUGCAAAAAUGUGUAAAGAAGAAGCUGAACGGUGCUAUCGCUGUAAUGGUACUGGACAUAUAUCUAAGGAUUGUGACCAACCAGCUGAUGAACCAUGCUGUUUUACAUGUCGUAAAACAGGCCACUUAGCUCGUAAUUGUCCAGAUCAGGAAAAUCGCUCAUCGAAUUUGACUUGCUAUAAUUGCAAAAAAAAUGGUCAUAUUUCUCGAAAUUGCCCAGAUUCUACUAAAUAUUGUUAUACGUGCGGGAAAUCCGGACAUAUAAGUCGUGAGUGCGCUCAAACAGCUGGUAGAAGUUAAAUACAUAAAUGGCAAAAUAAUUUUGCACAAUGCAUAACGUACUUCGUUAUAAAAGAAAUUAUUAAGAAAUAGGAAUUAGAAAUAAAAAUUGUUUUCUAUUCAAUGAAAUAAUUUAAAAUAUUAAAGAAAUAAGAUCUAGAUAUACAUUACAUACUUAAUAUAUUUUCUGAACGUGGUGAUAAAUUA